AUGAAGACUCUGCUAUUGUUGGUUGCAUUGGUGAUCGGGUUGUGUUCAGCGGACCAAUGUGUGGACAUCCCAUCUGACAUGAAUCAUCAACAAGUUCAGAGCACUGUAGUGUACGAGGACUUCCUUUACCAAACAUUCAACAGCACCGAUCCGGAGUGCAACAAAAACACCCCAUGCUGUCCAACCAUAGUGGAAUACCCAACAGCCAAAGGUUCUGUUAUCCAACCAUUCUCAGGCUACAGAGGAAAUGCUGCUAUCAUUGUGGACUGGGGUGCCAGUCCUAGCUCCUGCAAUCCAUAUAGACGUCGCUGCACUCUUGCCGACACACCUUUUGUAUGGUAUGUCAACUGGGGAGACGGUUCAAGUGAUCAUGGAUACCAGAAGACAAUUGGCCCUUUCCAAGUAGCCCAUCAGUAUCCUCAGUACUGCAAGCAGUAUGGGGUGACAGUGUACUACUGUAACCUCGCAAAUGGCGGUAGGUGCUCCCAGAGGAAGUGCUGUGACAGUAUAUACAGGGUGAUUGAUGUGAGCUACGACCCCCAGCAACCUCACCCUGAUGUAAAGUAUGAGCAGUUCUAAAUGUCUAUGUAACUGAACUCGACAUGUAAUAUUACUAAUUGUUGCUUUUGUGGUAGCCAUUAAUCGAAACUUUGUAUUGUGUUGUGCUUUUGUGGUAGCCAUAAUUAUGAAACUUUUGUAUAUUAAA